AUGCUAGAAGCGGCGUCAGUGCGCAGUGGACUGCGCGCAGCUGCGCCCCGCAGCCGGCAUGUCACCUUGUUUUCUCCUACGCAUGUAUCGCAAGCACGCCUGACGCUGCCCGAGCACGAGUACCAGGUCCGUGUCGGGGCAGUUGUGCGGCACCUUCGCAAAACGCUGCCCCAAUUUAUGGAAUGCGGCCUGCUCGAAGGAACUAGGAACGAUGCGGCUCACCCAGCGCAGUUACGGCCCAUGAUAUCCCAGCCACUCUCCCCGAAUGUAACUCCAGAUCGAAUUUACCACGAACAGAUCCAUUUCUGCUUCAGCCCGCCACUACCGCCACUGCCGCCACUGCCGUUGCGCGAAGAAUCGGCAUCAAAAGUGAACGUGCCGGAGCAUUUCUCGCCUGCGUUUUCACUGCAUGGGCACCGCAUGUACAUGCUUAGUGCCCAGGCGCUGCGUUGGUCGCUGCAUGCACUGUUCAAGGACGCAGAAGUGCGUGUGGAACACAUGUCCUUUGUCCCUAGACGCACACAGCUCAAUGCGGCUGUGCUCUCACGAAGCAAGGCACUCGUGCCUAUGGACGAGCUCAUCGCGCGGAUCCGAUUCCGCGGCACAACACGCGUCUCGCACGCCGUGCAGGAUUAUACCAUGCUCUUCAGGUACCGCCUGGACCGCACGAGCGGAACGAUUUGCGAGCACCACGUCGACCAGAUGAUGCCUGUGCCUGGAAGCCAGGUGUGGCAGGGCUUGGCGAAUAUGCGGUCAAAAUUGGCGUAA